GCAGAUCAGACUGGUCGUCUUUGUAUGUUCUCUCGGUAGCACAGCUUGUCCUCCAUUUGUGGAUAUUCAUAUUUUGGUAAGCUAUUCUAUAUUCCUGCUGGUGUUUCGGUUUUAGGACGCUCUUACUGCAGUCGUUCACUAUGAGGUUGUAGAAGGACGUCGCUUCGUUUGGGACACCGCACCUACCUUGGUCAUUUUGCGCCACCUGCGUAACUGCUUCCUUGUUUUAGUGUUUGAUUAUCGUUUCAUAAAGUUCGAAAAGACAGAUCAAGAUGGGCAUCGAAAUUGACGCUCAUGCGUGCCUUCUGAAAGGCUUGAUUGGUGGCAUCGGAGCGAUUCCGGGCACGUGUGGGAGCCACCCCUUCGAUGUGAUCAAGAUCCGAAUGCAGGUGAGGGCCGAGAAACUGUCGCCCGCGAUAAAGACCAUUCACGCGGGAGACUUUCGAAAUUUCUACCGCGGCUUCUUCCCCGCGAUCGAGCAACGGCUGAUAACGCGAGGCCCUAUGUUUCUGGUUUCCGAGCUGUACACCCAGAUCGUGCAACAAAACACUAAUUUGUCAAGGACCGCGUCGACCUAUGUAGGAAGUUGCGGCAGUGGGUUCACCACUGGUUUCCUCGCCGGUUUGGCGGAAUACCGAAAAAAGCUGCUGUCACAGAACGUCAUCACCAAGCAGGAAGCCAGAUGGGACAAUUUGUAUCGCACGGCGAAAAAUGCGGGCACCCUGCCGUACCUCUUGCGCCGGCUCGUCGCAGCAGGCUGCUGCUCAGCAACCUACGACUCAUUUUUCUUCGGGACGCAGACCUUUUUGGCCCAGCACCAGAAUUACGGCCCAGUACUCUUUUGCUUUCUUAUUUUGCUUGUGGCGGGACUUGUAGCCGAAUGCAUCUUGCUAUGCUGAUACCACUGUUGAACACUUUAUCACUGACGUGCACCAUGUAUAGAGUACACAAAAAACCUGCCAGCUACCUCUUUAUGUUUUCAAAUUAUGUGACAAGCUCUCGAUGCGCGAAGGCGAACAGUAUAGCCGCGACUACAUCUGCUACUUCACAGGGCCUCUCCUACGGUUGCGCGGCCGUGGUUGCAGUGGUAGCAGCGUUUGCCUUUGACACCACGGUGGCCCGAAUGAUGGUCGUACCGCCUGGUACCCCCUGCAAGAGUUUUUUUGCCACGCUGCGCGACGCUUUUCAGGCAGACGAGCACAACCGGUCUGGUAUCGCCCGCGUUGCCAAGGGGUACAGAGGGCUCAGCGCCCGGAGCGUCGAAUUCUUUAUCAACUACAGUAUCACCGGGAUGACCUCCGUGUACGUCAUCAUGGCCUUUGACGCCGUUUUCGGCACAAACGCAACCUGAGCGACCGGGAGGACAAUCACGGCACCAGUUUUUCGUCGUCCUGCAUACAACUUAACACGUUGCAAGUGCUUAUCUGCCGCGUUUGCUUGAAUUUUUGAAAGAUUUCAGUCACGUAUCGCCAUCGGCAAAAUCAGAAUUGAUUCGUACUUGUUCGCAAGACGAUAACUGCUUUUGCAGUAGUUUCUAGAAAGUAUGUUUUUGCAACAAAUGUUGCAUGCGAAUGUUGGACAUUUUUCCUGCUCAGUGACGUUUCAAAGUAGUUUUAGUCGUGAGACUCUUCUUGCGUUUCUUUUGGUCGCAAGAAAAAAAGAUCUGCAAAG